AUGGAGCUGGAAGAAAGGAUUAAGAAAAUAGACCAAAUGGAGAAAAUGAUGAAAGAAGGCAAGACCAAUCCCUUCUAUGGGGAAGCAUCUCUAAGAUCCUCAAAGUCGUCAUUCACCAAAGAAGUGAUAGAGGUUCCAUUACUGAGUAAAUUCAAGAUGCCAACUUUUGAAAGGUACGAGGGUCUGUCCGAUCCAAUCGACCAUUUGGACAUCUUCAGGGUGUUGAUGCAAUUGCAAGGCGCUCCUGACGCCAUCAUGUGCCGAGUUUUUGUAGCAACCCUUAAAGGUAGUGCCAGGAAUUGGUACCAGACCCUACGACCUGGAUCAAUUGGUUCCUUCUUGGAGAUGGAACAGUUGUUCACCAACCACUUCCUUAGUAGUCGGAGAAUCGUCAGAACAUCAGCCCAUCUAAUGAGCAUGGUCCAGGGAGAAAGGGAGAUGCUGAAGAAGUUCAUGCACCGCUUUAACACCGCAACCCUAGAGAUCCACAACCUAGACAUGGGGGUAGCUUUGGCAGCUCUGACCACAACCCUUCAACCCGAAAACUUCCUAUACCCUCUAGGGAAGAAGUCGCCGACUAAUAUAGGAGAAUUGAUGGCUCGAGUACAGAAGUACAUCAACCUGGAAGAAAUGAUGGACACCAGGGGAAAUCGCAUCAAGCUCAAAAGGAAGGGUAGUAGUCGGGAAACGGGAGAACCCUCUAGACCCAUAAAGAGACAAGAGACCAGUACGCUGCUCGCCAGCUCUAAGUCAAGAGGGCAGUCUAGUAAGUUCUCCACCUAUACACCUCUAAACGCACCGCGGUCCAUUGUGCUGAUGCACCUAAGGAAGAAGGACUAUGUCUCGUGGCCCGAACCUAUGCGAACCCCUUCAUACAAGCGCAACAUAUCCAAGUUCUAUCAAUGUCAUAGGGAUCACGGGCACGAUACAAAGGAGUGUAUUCAGUUGAAGAAUGAGAUUGAAGUCUUGAUCAAAAGGGGAUACCUAUCGAGAUUCAUAAAGAAGGAAGAUCGGCAAGGGGAACCUUGCGAAUAG